GAGAGUUUGCGUGUUACCGUUUGGCCAUUCGUUAUCGGGGAAAUAAUGAUGAGAGGCACGAACAGUUCAGUCUAAUACAUGCUGGUCGAUUUUUAUUACAGCAGUAUGUAUGCGACAAGUACGUUCGAAUGGAAUCGAACAAUCUGAACUACGUCCGUACGAAUCAGCGAGCUCUCCUCGCCGAAGCUUACCAAGGGCUCAUGGACCACGUGAACCAACAGCACCACUUAGACGUGGCCGAUCCCAUGGCGGUCGGCCGGAGGGUCAUUCUACCGUCCAAGUUCGUCGGAAGUCCUCGAUACAUGAAGCAGUGAUAUCAGGACGCCAUGGCCAUAGUUCGUAAGUACGGUAAACCCGACCUGUUCAUAACGUUUACGUGCAAUCCCAGGUGGCCUGAGAUCGCGGACAAUCUGGCGGCCCACAGCACGGUGAGCGACAGGCCCGAACUGGUGGCCGGGGUGUUCCACAUGAAACUGCGGGAGCUUAUAGGUGACAUAACUGUUAAUCGUGUGUUUGGUAAUGUCCUUGCUUACGUGUACACCAUCGAGUUUCAGAAACGCGGUCUGCCCCACGCGCACAUACUCAUCAUCCAGGCGGAGGAUAGUAAGUUGCGCACGGCAGAGGACGUC